AUGGCGCCUUCACCGUACCAAAACGUCCCCUACAACGCACCGCUCUCCUUUACGGAGCCGACCUGGCUCUGGCGCCGCUACAAGUGCUUCUGGGAGGGCACCGCCGGCAAGACGCUCACCGAGCAGGACGUUCCGGCCAAGAACCUGAGCGGCCGCUGGAUCGUCAUCUCGGGCGCCAACAGCGGCAUCGGCGAGCAGGCGGCGCUGCACUUUGCCCAGUGCGGCGCCAACCUGGUGCUUGCCUGCCGCGUCAGCCCUGCCGAGAAGCACCCGGGUGCGGUCGCGGACCACUGCAAGGCGGUCGCGCGGGCGGCCGGCCACGACAAGAGCAGCGUCGAGUGGUGGGAGAUUGACAUGGGCAGGCUGCAGAGCGUCGACGCGUUUGCGCGGCGCUGGCUGGACACGGGCCGCGCGCUCGACAUUCUCUGCAACAAUGCCGGCAUGGGCACCAACCCGGGCGGCCUGACCAAGCACGCGCGCAGCGAGGACGGCUUCGAGCUCGUGCACCAGGUCAACUUUUUGUCGCACGUGCUGCUGACGCUGCGGCUGCUGCCGUCGCUGGCGCGCGCCGAGGCGCCGCGCGUCGUCUGCACCACGUCGUGCAUGACGUACAUUGGCGUCUACGACCUCGACAACUUCAACGGCGCGGGCUGCCAGGGCGUGCAAAUGUAUAAUAACAACAAGCUCUACUUUCAGUGCUGGCUGACCGAGAUGCACGCGCGGCUGCUGCAGACGGAAAAGUACCGCCACGUCACCAUCAACGGCGUGCACCCGGGCUACGUCAACAGCGGCAUCUGGUCCUUCAAGAGCGGCGACGGCUUUCUCGGCUGGGUCAGCGUCGUUGUUAGUUUUGUGCUGCAGCUCUUUGCGAACCUGUUUGCCAUUAGCCCCAAGCAGGGCUCGUACUGCAUCAUCCACGCGGCCACGAGCGUCGACGGCGGGCCGGAUCCGAGUACGCAGGGCGUCGGGGAAAAGGGCGGCAAGGGCGGCGGGCGCUACUUUAACCGCAUCUGGGAGGCGAGGAAUAUGCCGCAUGCGCAGGAUCCGGAUGCUCGGCUCAGGGUUUGGAGAAAGAUGGACGAUGAGCUGGGGUUGACGGAAAAGGGCUUGCUGAGCUGGACUGAUUAG